AUGAGGAGCAGGCUCCGCUGUAUAUUUCCGCAAAUAUACCGUAUACCAGCUGAUUGCGCCGAGAAGUCCAUAUUCAAAGUCAGCUUGCAGCAGCCAACGGGCGACCUAUUGAGGCAGGUUGCAGACUCACAGAUACACUACCUAUCUCCCUUCGACUCCGCGGCAAUAUUGGAAAGGAUUGUGGAAAAGUCGGGUCAGAAAGGCAUAUCGGAGAUACGAAGAAGUCCUUUCUACCGUCCAGUUGUUUCAAAAAUCACUUCGAGCGUGCAGAGGUACCGGACGGAGCUUCUAUUCUACUUCCUCGUCAAAUUUUAUAAAUUACACGACGUCAGCGCCAUCAAGAGCAUAACGGGCACGUUCGUGGAGUCUGAGGCUGCGAAAACACAGAACCUGAACCAACUCGUCGAAUUACUCUACUACGCGGCACACCAUAUACCUAAAGAGCUGCAAGCCGCGGGAAAGGAUAAGGAAAACGAGCAGGUGUCGGGCGAUCGAUUGGAAACCGUUGAAUCUCACGUCACUGUAUUCUGUGAAUCCAUACAGCAACUGCAAAGUGAGCUCAUCCCAAAGGUGGAGCAACUCCAUGAUGGAACUCUGAUAUACAAGCUCAUCACAACGAUCACCAGACUCCCGAAAACACGGCACACGCACACAUUGACAGAGUUGUUGCUGGAUAAGGUAAAACUCCAAAUCGAGAGGGGUGGCUGGAAUCACCAGCAAUUGGUCAAAGCGGCGAGGUCGAUACUGCAGCUAUGGCCUUUUGAUCGUGACAUACUCCAGAAGGUCAUACGCGCCCUGGAGCUCAACGAGGACAGUCUCAGCACUUCAGACAUACGUACCACACUCCAGUUGUUAGACAGCAUAGGCGCUCAAAGUUACAGCCAACCGUAUAAAAUGGAGUCGUUCAGAACAACAAUAAUACCAACCGAAGCUAUCAUGGCGCUCUCUAAAACGCACCCGCUCUUUCAAAGCGACAAGGUCACUCUGAGCGAGGAGGCUGCCGCACUCAUUGCCAACACCGUCGAGUUCAGACUCAAGCAAAUCAUUCAGAUGGCCCAUAGGUUCAUGAGCAAGAGUUGCAGAUAUGUCGAUAAGCAUCCGACGCUCAUGCCGAACGAUGUUAGAGACGCGCUCAGAACGCUUCGGAUGGAAAACCUAGACGGUUACACAAACUGCUACGACUAUCGCUAUGUCAUAUCGUCGAAGCUUUACAAGGGUAAUAGGGUGGUCAAGCGGCAGUCCACACUCAAAAACGCCGUGGAUGAGCGAUGCUGGGGAAGGCAGAAACUUAGCGAUAUCGUAUCACGCGACAUGCAAAAGGCCAUACCGGCGCAGCCUGGGCUAACUGUGCAUUGGAUGAUCGUUAACGGCAUCGUACCAGCACUGGCGAGCAACAUGGCGCAAUGCGUGACUGACGAGUUUAACCAGGAGGCCAAGCGGCAAAUGUUGCAGCUGUCGCUAGACCAUGUAAAUUUUCUGAACUCGGAGGAUGCUACCAAGCAGCUCGAUGACGUCGAAAAACUGGCUUCCAAGAUCAAACUGCCCACCAUCCGCACGUCGUGUCGAAGCGACGAUACAGUUGAGAAGGCGAUUGUCGACUCACUGCAGCGCCACCUGGGGAAUUCCAUCGAAAAUAGGCCUGUGGACAAGAGCGCGGAUGACAAGGCAAUAAGACUCCAAAACAUUACAAUACCGAAGGUAGAACACAUCCUCACAAAGGAACAAAGGUUCUUCCUCAAAGAAAUCAAAAACACCAUCAAAAGGGCAUCCAACACAAUGGACCACCAGGUUCAACUCCAGUUGCGAAAGGUCCUCUCUAUUCUGAAGAAUUCCCCCGCACUAGAUCACCUCCUGCCGGAGCUUUCUCUAUUCUUUGUCUCAGAAUUGGAGCGUGAUAACACAAGUAUAGAGGCGAUACUGAUGUUCGCCGAGGCAAUCGCAGCCAACGAGAAGCUACAGAUACAUUUCCACGUGCAUCAGCUGGUCGUGCCGCUUCUUACUGUCAUUUUGAAGCAGGACGAUGAGCGCGACCUACAAUCCGUACAUCGCAACCUGUGCAUCAGGAGAUUGGCUGCAAAGGCACUAGGCAAUAUUGCCACCAACCUCAGGGACGCCAAAUCAGGUCUAGAGGGAAUCGACAACUACCUCAUGAACAUAUACAAGCGCGCCGUAGUCGAUGAAAAUUGCACACUCCCCGUUCUGUACGGCGCAUUCUGCGGCAUAUCGCAACUACCGCUGGCAGCCAAGCGCAUUGUUUUCUUCCCCAUAGUGCCCCUGAUCAUGCCGGUGCUUUACAAAAAACACCUCAGGGCGCACGACAAGCACGCCAAGACGGCAUCUAAAGUUGAAGAGUUCGCCUUCAUCACGUGCCAGGAGAUUGUGCACCUCUCCAUGAUAAUGCUAUACGAGUCCUGCUUCGAGGAUAUUCUGGAGUGCAUUCACGACACGGGAAUCUUCGCCAUAUCGCACGAAGCGCAAAUCAUGAUCCGCGACACGCUGGAAGGGUGCGCGGAAGAAUCCGUCAACCCAGAAAUCUUCUUGCCUAUAUACUGCGCAAUCCUCACAAGGUGCGCCGAGGUACUCACGCCAAAGAAGGACAAGGAGUCGAAAAAAGAGGCUAACUCCGGCUUGCCCGAAAUCGAAAACGCAGAAUUGUACUACAUGAUGUACCUGAAAGAAAAGGUUGCCGAGGGACAAGAUAGAACAGCGCAAAUCACAAAGCAGUCCAAGACGGUUGCGCGCAACGUCGCAAAACAUUCGCCACUGGACUGGUACAUAGCGCAACCAACGCACGCGCUAACGCUUAGCAUAUAA